GAAAUUUUUGUUAUUCCGAACAGAACAGAAAUUUUGCCCCAGCCACAGAGAAGCGCAGCCAGCAGCCAAUUAAUUGAAUCAAACGAAACGCGGAAUAGAAAACUCAUCUCAUUCAAUUGAGAGCAAUCAGGCAAUGGAUUUCACGACCUUCGUAAAGCCCAGCAACGGGGGAUCAGGCGACGCCGAUGCGGGCACCAACGAGCUGCAAUUCUGGAAGCAUGUGAAGUACAUUGAGAAUCAUGGGAAGCAGGAGGAUGACUACGAGUACUGCAUGACCGAAUUUCUGCGCAUGUCGGGCAUCUACUGGGGCGUCACGGCACUGGACAUAAUGGGCCAGCUGGAUCGUCUGGAGAGGAAGCACAUUAUCGACUUUGUCAAGCGUUGUCAGUGUGCCACGACGGGUGGAUUUGCACCCUGCGAGGGUCACGAUCCGCACAUGCUGUACACGCUGUCCGCGGUGCAAGUACUCUGCACCUACGAUGCACUCAAUGAGAUCGAUUGCGAGGCAGUUGUUCGAUUCAUUGUGGGACUGCAGCAGCCGGACGGCAGCUUCUUUGGCGACAAAUGGGGCGAGGUGGACACCAGAUUCAGUUUCUGUGCCGUGGCCACACUGACGCUGCUCAAGCGCAUGGACCAGACCAUUGACAUCGAGAAGGCGGUCAAGUUUGUCAUGUCCUGCUGCAAUCAAACGGAUGGAGGGUUCGGGUCCAAGCCCGGCGCCGAGUCCCAUGCGGGUCUAAUUUAUUGUUGCGUGGGUUUCCUUUCGCUCACCCACCGUCUGCACUUGCUGGACGUGGACAAGCUGGGCUGGUGGCUCUGUGAGCGUCAGCUGAGCUCAGGCGGACUCAACGGGCGACCCGAGAAGCUGCCAGACGUUUGCUACUCCUGGUGGGUUCUCUCCUCGCUGACCAUUAUGGGCCGCCUACACUGGAUCAGCUCCGAGAAGCUGCAGCAGUUUAUUCUCUCCUGCCAGGAUGCAGAGACAGGCGGCUUCUCCGAUCGUACGGGCAACAUGCCCGACAUAUUUCACACGCUUUUCGGCAUUGGCGGUCUUUCCCUGCUGGGACAUUCCGGCCUGAAGGCCAUCAAUCCAACGCUCUGUAUGCCCCAGUACAUUGUCGAUAGGCUGGACAUUGAGCCCCAGCGAUUGUCACGACCGUGAAACGAUCCCCGAACCCCGAGCGGAUUCCCAAUUCCCAUUUAAUUUCCGAAAAAGCAGACCAAAUUUCCUCCAAGGAAUCGCUUAAACAUGA